UCACCUGAUUCCCAUUGACAUAGUGCAGGGAAUAGUGGAAAUGAAAUGUAAGCAUAAAUCACUGAAAAAAUGCCCUAUUGUUGCGCGUUUGGCUGCAAAGAAAGACAGGGAAGGGGCAAAAGAUUUCACAAGUUCCCCCGUGAACCAAAAAGGCGAAAAGUAUGGGAGCUGAAGGUGAAAAGAGCAAACUGGAAGGCAAAUGACUACUCAAUAUUGUGUGAGGACCACUUUGAGGAAGCAGCCUAUGAGACUGGCAGAGUUGAUGGUCUGAGGAGGCUCAGGUCGACUGCUGUCCCAACACAGUUCGUCUUCACACCACGAAAGCUCCCUGGCAGAACCACCAAGCGCAGUAGGAGGACAGAAGGUGAACCAUGUGUUGGUGGACAGGAACACAUACAAAUUGACCAUUCAUAUUGUUCUACAUCCUGUGCUCCAUCCUUUGAAGUUCAAACAGAUAUCCAAGUUGGCCAUGAAGAGUUUGAUCUGAGGAACAACGCCUGCACUGGUGGGACUGUGAGCAGCGAGCCGAUCGGCGAGGACCUGGUCAGCCGGGACACGGUCAGCGACGAGGCGGUCAGCGGGGAGACAGCGGGCAGGAAGAGUGUCAGCAGGGGAACUGCGAGAGGGGAAGAAGAACUGAACGCCUUGAAAAACAAAGUAUCAUCACUCCAGCGGGCUCUUGUAAAAGAAAGGAAAGAGAAGUGGAAGGUCAUCGGGCGGAUCAAACAACUCAAAGCAAAUGUUUCAGGAGUCUUCAACACAAAUCAGCUUUACAAACUUAGCCACGCAAGUAGACGGGGGACAAAAUGGUCAGCUGACACGAUCAGAAAAGGUCUUCAAUUAAAGUUUGCAUGUGGUGCUAAUGGAUACAACCUGCUUCUUGCCCAAAAUCAACCUCUGCCAUCAGCUAGAUCACUACGAAGAAGUUUGGAAGCUGUCCCAUAUUCGCCCCAUAGGGUUACACCGUAGAGCAGGGGUCACCAACCUUUUAGAAACUGAGAGCUAUUUCAUGGGUACUGAGUCA